AUGUCAAUGCAGUUGCAAUAAAUGCAUUAUCUCGUCGAUUUCACAUUUGGACAAAGCUCUGGGGGUUUGAAUGCAAUGGGGCUGAAUAUGCUGGAUGCUUUGUCAGACUACAUUUUUUCAAGUCCAAGUAAUGGAACUUCACAAAGUUCCGAGAGUAGAAGCACUGAAGAUGAAAAUUUAAGUAAAGAGCUCCAUGAAAGUUUAGUUCCCUCCGCACUUAGAGUACCAUGGGCAGAUUCUGAAUUUCCAAUACAUCUACAUUUCUAUUAUAUAAGAUUUGUUCCUGUCCCAGCUGACAGAAAAUACAGGAUGUUUGGUCUUUUUCUCAAAAACCGUCUUCCAAGAGAAGCUGAAACAUUGGAAAUAGAUCUCCAUCUUCAUCAUAGUAGAAUUGUUAAAACAGCACUGGUACCUUCUGGAGUGAUAAAAUUUGACAAAGAUCAGAUUAUGCUUGCAGAGAAAUUUCAGGAGAUUGCUCUGAAGAUCAUUCUCGAAAGAUCAUUAUUCUUUUCUGACAUUGUCCUUCUUGGGGAUAUAAAUGAACCUCAUACUACUUCAUCAACAUUUUAUCUUUUGCUUCCAGUUAAGAUGCAAGACUACAGUGAUGACAAGCUUGUUGACUGGGAAACUGUGGGACGAUGUAUAAAUUCACCGGCUUUUGGAUAUUCAAUAGAUUCUCUUGAUUGUCUUGAUCCAGUUAAUGAUACUUUAGAACUUCAUAAUGGCACCUUCAAGAAAAGUGACAUCAUGAACAGCUUAGUUUUCACUCCUCAUAACAAAAAGUUUUUCUUUAUUGAUGACAUCAAUCAAGAAAAAAAUGUGAACAGCCAUAAGAAUGACAAGUAUGCAACUUACGAAGCUUACUACAAAGAAAGGGGUGUUGAACUUUUAUAUCCGGAACAACCAUUUUUGGUUGCUAAACGACUUGCUAACAUGCACAACUUGCUAUGUGGUCGGGUGCAGACAAACAAAGAGGUCCAAGAUUUUAAGGAGUACUUUGAAGAGUUUCCUCCUGAAAUUUGUGUUUUAAAAGUAAUGGGGUUCUCCAAAGAUAUUGGAAGUUCCUUGGUUUUAUUGCCUUCUCUAAUUCAUCAUGUGGAAAAUCUUCUCGUCGCUAUUGAGCUAAAGGAUAUGUUGUCAACAAGCAUCCCAGAGAUUUCAGAAAUAAGGGCUGAUACAGUCCUACAAGCACUCACUACACAGAAAUGUUCUGCCCGUCAUUCUCUUGAGAGAUUUGAAGUGCUUGGUGAUGCUUUUUUGAAAUACAUAGUUGGGCGCCAUAGUUUCCUUUCAUAUCCAUCCCUAGAUGAAGGGCAGUUAACCAUAAGGCGUGCUGGCAUUGUAAACAAUUCAAAUCUAUAUGAGCUAGCAAUUAAGAAUAAUUUACAGGUGUACAUACGUGAUGAAUUGUUCCACCCAUCCCAAUUCUAUGCCUUUGGUCGACCCUGUAAGGUUAUUUGUAAUGUGGAUACAGAAACAACUGUUCACCAUCACAAUAAAAAACAAACUGUGGUAAAUGGCGUAGAAGUUAAUGACGUAAAAUGCACAAAAUCCCAUCGGUGGCUGAGUAGGAAGACUAUUGCAGAUGUUGUGGAGUCGCUUGCCGGAGCGUUUCUAGUUGAGAUUGGAUUCACAGCUGCGAUUUCAUUUCUCAGAUGGAUCGGCAUCGAAGUAGAUUUUGACACUUCAGAUGUCGGGAGAUUUUGUGAAGAAACCAAGAACAACAUGUCUCUGGCUGACAAUAUAGAUCUCGAUGCACUUGAAACAUUGAUAGGAUAUAAAUUUCAAUACCGAGGCCUUCUUCUGCAGGCAUUUGUGCAUCCAUCUUGUCACAAUCACUCCGGAGGAUGCUACCAGAGGUUGGAGUUUCUUGGAGAUGCUGCAUUAGAAUACUUGAUAACAUCAUACCUCUACUCAGUUUAUCCAGAACUUAAUCCGGGUCAAAUAACAGACUUGAGAUCAGCUGUUGUCAAUAAUAAAUCUUUUGCAUACAUAGCAGUUGGCAGAUCCUUCUAUUUGUACCUUAAACAUAAUUCUUGUGGUCUUGCUGAAACAAUCAACAAGUUUUCAAGAUAUGUGCAGUUACCCGACUUGGAAAGGGAUUUUCUUGAGGAGCCAGCAUGUCCAAAGAUACUCGGUGACAUAGUCGAAUCUUGCGUUGGUGCUAUACUUGUAGACACAGGAUUCAACCUGAAAGUUGUCUGGAAAAUCAUUCUUGGACUUUUGAAGCCAACCUUGGAGUUUUCUAGCUUGCAGUUGAACCAUGUUCGUGAACUUAGAGAGCUUUGUCAAUCUGUCGAUCUUACAUUCGAACUUCCUAAACCAUUGAAAAGAAAGGAAGGCUACCUUGUGAGUGUGGAAAUUGAUGUGAAAGGUAACAAAUUAACUUUCAGUGCAGUGAAUCACAAUUCAAAAACUGCUCAAAAAAUGGCCGCACAAGAAGCUCUUUUGAAGCUGAAGGCUCUUGGUUUCAAGCAUAAAAGGAGGUCACUGCAGCAAAUUGUGCAGUCAACUAGGAAGGAGGCAGCAGAACUUAUAGGUUUCAAUGAAGAGCCAAUUCCAAUAUCCAAUGGUGAUUCGUCGUCAAGGGAAUCGUUUCAAGAACCAGAAAGGAUUUCUUCCAAGUUAUCACAAGAACCAGAGGUGACCCCUUCCAAGUUGCCACAAGAACUAGAAAAGACUUCUUCCGAGCUGCCACAAGACCAAGAAAAGUCUACUUCAGUGUUGAGUAUCAAUACAAAGGUCGAGGGGUCACCUACAGCAAGGAUGCAGCUUUAUGAAUUAUGUGCUGCCAAACAUUGGGAGCGUCCUUCAUUUGUCUAA